CAGUCGCCUCCAGAAGGCUGUUCAGCAUUUGACGCCCAUCAACAUCUGUUCCAUCGCAUUGUAUUUCUCCAGCCCAAUCCUGCGCGCCCGCAGCACUACCGCUGUUUUGCUUUCCCACAAAGCAUGCGCCCUCGCAUCGAUCCGAGAAGAUUCACCAUAGCCGCAGUGGUUUGCUACGUCGUAACACAAGCUACACCAAAAGCGUUCAGCUCCACGGCGCAUCUCGAUUCAAGAUGGCGGCCCCAAAGAUGACCAAGAACCAGAUGCGGAGGGCGAAGAAGAAGGAGCAGAAGAAGGCUCAGACAGAGGUCGCGUCAAACACUCCAGAGGUCAAAGACGACGAGAAGAAGCCCGAGGAGACCGAGGCAACACAAGAAACAAAUGGCAACGACCUCGAGGUUAAGAACGAGUCCGAGACCAACGCCAAGGUCGAAGCCGACGGCCCUGCUGAUGAUGAGUUCAACUUUGACGAUGAGAGGUUUGCCGCAUUCAAGGAUAUCUUUUCAAAAUUCGGCGUCGCGAUAGACGAGGACGAAGUUUCAAAGGAGGCCAACGCGGGCAACACAGGCGAGGUAAUAUGGGACGAGGAUGAUAUUCCCAGCGAGGACGAGGAGGCAUCAGGACAGACGAAGCUCUCCAAGAAGAAGAGAAAGCAACUCAACAAGCUCUCUAUUGCGGAACUGAAGGCUUUGGUCAAGAUACCCGAUGUUGUCGAGUGGCAGGACACCUCAUCCACAGAUCCCCGCCUUCUGGUGCAGAUCAAGGCGCAAAGAAACGUGGUACCCGUCCCUGGCCACUGGGCGCUCAAGAGGGAGUACCUUUCCUCGAAGCGAGGUAUCGAGAAGCCGCCAUUCCGGUUACCAAAGUUUAUCGCCGAGACGGGCAUCACGGAAAUGCGUGAUGCUGUUCUCGAAAAGCAAGAACAGCAAUCUCUGAAGCAAAAACAACGUGAGCGUGUCGCUCCCAAGAUGGGCAAACUGGACAUCGACUACCAGAAGCUCUACGAUGCGUUCUUCCGCUUCCAGACCAAGCCGGAGCUCACGCGGUUCGGCGAGGUGUACUACGAGGGCAAGGAGAGCGAAGUUGAUUUCCAGCACUUCCGGCCAGGGGACCUGACCGAGGCCACAAAGGAGGCCUUGGGUAUGCCGCCAGGCGCACCUCCACCAUGGCUCAUUAACCAACAACGAUUCGGCCCCCCUCCUUCAUAUCCCACUCUCAAGAUCCCAGGACUCAACGCCCCGCCGCCGCCAGGCGGUUCGUGGGGUUUUCAUCCUGGUGGCUGGGGCAAGCCCCCCGUCGACGAAUUCAACCGCCCCUUGUACGGAGGUGACGUUUUCGGUCUCACAAACCAGGCUGGCGCUCAAAUCGCACCACCCGUCGCCGCGCCCCUGGCCACCGGCGAGCCCGUCGAGAAGACUCUCUGGGGUGAGCUACAACCCCGCGACGAGGAGUCUGAAGAGGAAGACUCGGAAGAAGAAUCCGACGAGGAGGAGGAGGAAGACGAGGACGGCCCCGGCGGUGGCCUCGCCUCGCCGAGCGGCAUCGAGACCUCGGGCGGCAUGGUCUCGUCCGUGCCGACGGAUUACCCGGGCCACGGCGUCGAGACCUCGGUGGCGGGCGAGAUGGACCUCCGCAAGCAGCGCCGCGGCUUCGACACGGAGGAGAGCUCGCACCCGCGCUCGGCGUACCAGGUCAUCCCCGAGCGGCAGCAGCGCACCGAGGGCUUCUUUGGCAGCGACAGGGUGUACGACCUCAACCAGCAGCAAAAGGCGAGCAACAUGCCCGUGCUGGGCCAGGAGGACGACAGCCGCAAGCGCAAGAAGCCCGGUGACGUGGACGUCGCGCUCGACCCGGACGCGCUGCUCAACAACGACGGCAUCAGCAAGGACGAGGUGCGGCGGCGGUUCGAGGAGGGCAAGCGCGAGGAAGGGUUAGGUGCCAAGUGGGCGUACGAGGAGGACCUGUCCGAGAUGAUUGCGCAGGAGUCGCGCAAGAGGCAAAAGGUGGACGAGAAGCGCAACGACGAGAAGAAGAAGCAGAGCAAGUACAGGUUCUAAGUGACUUGGAUGCUUGGUGGCUGGCUGAAUUCUCUUGGAGAAGAAAAAUGAGAGAGAGAGAGAGAGAGAGAGAGAAAUGUAAUGGUAUCCUUGAAUGGUUUUUAUGUUGCAAUAGGGGCACCGGCGC